AUGCAGCCGUCCAUUGGUUCCAUUAAUGGCGGGACGUUGGUAACAGUGUAUGGUAGCGGGUUCAAUACGAGCUGGCCGAUGUAUGCCCAUGUGAAUUUGAUGGAUGGUAAACGGACGGGGCACAAAGUGGUAGCAAUGGAGACUUUGUCCGAUGCGCAAGCACAGUUUUUGACCCCGUCGUACCAGGACCGCGGAGAUGGCCGGCAGAUGGACAAUCGUCGAGUAGACCACUUGGUGAAGAAUCCGGAUAACAUAGUCGCGUUGGUCACUUUCCGCUUCCGCUCCAGGAGUUCGUCAUGGCAUUGGAAUUCGGAAAUGUUUCGUUACUACAUUGACCCGGAGCUUAAGUACAUAUUGCCUACGAAUCAAGUGAACCAUUUGCAGAGUACGGAACUGUUUGUGGUGGGAAAGUUCAUCAGCCGGAUUACAGAGCUGAGUAAACUAAAGUUUGUCAGUACCGUGGGCAACCACUCCGAAGUAAUUGAGCCAAGGUACACCAUUUACAGCUACUCGAAGGACGGCGAGGAUAAAGGUUCAGACAUAAUAGAUUUACCGGCACUAAAGUUCAAGACGCCGUUAUGGCCGCACCCGGAGGACAAAGUAUCGGUGCAUUUUUCGGUGAACGGCCAAGACUGGCAUUCUUAUGAUCAUCUGACGGUUAAUUUCACGGCGGACGAAGACAGUGUGUUGAACAACAUUGUGCAGCAUGUGCAUUUAGAAAACUUGUUGGUAGCGGAGAGAGUUCCGUACGCGGGUCGGACGCAUCAGAAGGUAGUACAACUAUUGGACGAUGACGGGGAGGCAGGAGAUGACGGGGAGGAGGACGAUUCGUCGGUGACGUUGGUGGACAGCCACAGUAACGAGUUGGUGUUCUCAAAGUUGUCAUCGAACGAAAACUUCGACCUGUACUUUGUCAAGGAUAUUCUCCUCUGUGUCUGUCUGUCUUCUCUCCUGGGAGCUCUGGCAGAGUACUUGGGCGUACCACCAAUGGCUGGCUUCAUAUUGGCCGGUUGUUUGUUGGUAGCAUUAGGAACCAAGUCAAGUGUGUGGCGGCCGCGUCGUUUGGUACAGUUGUCUAGCUUGUCACGUCUUGCAGAGUUGGUGAUAAUGUUCGAGACCGGUAUGAACAUUGAUAUGGAUCAAAUCAGCCGUUCAGCGCACUUUGUUUGGCCGUUUGCCGUGAAUUUGCCCGUGGGGGUAUCUCUGAUAUCCGUGGUUGCCGCCGUGCUCAACAAUACCAGUAUCCGCGAAAUGCUGGUACUCGCACUUGCAUUCUCCUUUUCUUCACUACACGUCGCCUCUCUCACACCCCAUAGCGAACCAUUUCGCAGCGUCUGUGCCCUCCAGGAACUCGUCAUACCCGUACUAGUCACCUUCAUCAACAACGAACGAGAAAACUUCACCCUAUACACCGCCCUUCUCACCACACUCUACCUCGCCGCAAACCACCAGGCUGCACGACUCGCUAUCAAAUACAACCCCUCCAACAACAAUCUUCUCGGUAUCUUCUACUUCUCCGCCUCUCUCUGCUACUGCUACUUCGCCACCAUACCACUCACACUCGGCGCCCUCUUCUCUGGUAUUGUCUGCAGGUCCUUCACCUCCUUCGACACCCUGCCACUCACCAUCUUCUUCUACGUCUUUCUCGGCCUCUCCCUUAACCCAAUACUCAUCAUGAACAACCUACUCCUCGUUGCUGGCCUCGCCACACUCGCACUACUCGUCAAGGCCUGCGCCCUCUUCUCCAUUGCAAUUCUUCGCGGUCUAUCGCAUAAAGACGCUUUAAAUGUGACUGUGAUGUUGUGCAGUUUCUCUGAAUUGAACCUGGUCGUGCUGCAGCAAGCCUGUUUUAAGGGCACUGUGAACCGGGCCGUCUCGCAACUAACCAUGGGCGUGACCGUGAUGUCUCUGUUGGUCGAGCCCGCGAUAAUGCGCCGCUUCUAUACGAAUCGCGAGGUCGUCGCUUGGAGCAAGACUAGACACUUGGUUCCAGAGAUAUAG